AUGCUUCCAAUCCAUGGAGAUGAAUCACCUUCUAAUGCAAUACAAAGACGCAAUUCUAAAUCCAAUUUGGGUCCUUCAGAGCUGUUCUCAGCCCUCUCUGCAUCAGUCUGGUCAGAAAGCAAAAAACGGGCUGAAAUGGCCUAUGAGAACUACGCAAAAAUCGACUCCUUCCGACCCUACUUCGAUGUUGAGCCAAAGGAAGUACUACGUCGAAUAAUUAAGUCUGUCGACCCCCGUCCACCUUUCUCUCUAGAUUCUGGUUAUGACCUUUACGGACCAUUUAUGGCUUGCUUAACGUUGAUCGCGGUUUUGCUCUUCGAAAUGAAGCUCUCCGUCCACAAAGUGCAAGAAGGCACCCUAAUGGGUUCUGCAUUCUUGACCUGUUUUGGCUACUGGCUGGUUUCCUCUAGCUUGCUGAAUGUCAUCUGCUAUUUCGGCAAAUCCUCUGUCAGCUUUACGCAUAUCCUUUCUUUCGUGGGAUAUGCACUGUGUUCCACUUGUGUUAUCCUCUUUGUCUGUGCGGCUACUCACAAUGGCACAACAGAGAGACUGUUUUUUAUGCUUUGGAUUCUGAUCUGUGGUAUUGCCGGAACAAAGCUGGUUAGUGGUCGUUCGGUUCCUCUCUUAUCUCUGUGUAUUUGCCUUGCCCUCAACCCUAAGUCCAACCUAACUGCAGGCCUUAAUAAUGUGGGCAAUCAUUCCAAAAGGUGGCUUCCGCAUUUCUGGCAGCGUGGCCGCGUUCGCAUUGCAUAUGCUAUUCGUGCUUUACCUACACUUCGCUUAUCACGCAAUAGUGCAAGGUACGAUAUAGCAUAUUUUACUGCAUCUCCUAAUCCCACCAUUAGAUAUAUCAAAGGCCAUCGGUGCUGA